GUUAGUUGAGCGCGUGCGCAAAACGACUUUUGCUGCUUUUCUUGUAGGUGUUGGUAGGAGAGAAGCAUGUGCAGUCCAGCGGAAGACGAAUGGCAAGAAAUCUACGACGGAAGAAGAGAUAGCUGAGUUGUUUUCUUUAUGCUGGGCGCAACUACAUACUAUAUCGCCACUCAGCUGGCACUGCUAUGAGCUGCGCGGCCGCUGGCACCGUUAAGGCGACUUGGUGAUCUUUCCAAUUUGGACGGCACAGUCUUCCAUAUUGUACGUCGUCGGGAAGAGUUUAUUCUGCUCGUCAAGAUAGCUCUAACUUGCUCUAACAGUCUUCGUACACCACUGCUCUCGUGGUGAUGUUCACUAGAGACAAUCUGACAGGGCACAUGUGUUGCAGUUGCACCGCGUAACCAGGAAGAGGUGAUGUACCGAGAGGUCGGAGCUUGCUGACUGUAGUUUUUAUUAUUGUGAUUACCUUAUUAGUCGAGGGACAGAGACGCUUGCUCGCUGCCCCUGACGGUGGCGGCGCAUGGCACACAUCUAACUGAUGCAGAUGCGCAAGAGGAGGAGGAGGUUCGGGACGAGGAUUUAAACCGUAGUUGGAUUUUAUUUUUCAACAUUGGCAGUACUUUUUCUUACACCUUGACCCACAACAGGAAAAAAAACUCGCGUCGUGGUUGCAAUAACUAUUAAAAAGGAAGAUUUGACGACCUGAAGAUUGAGUUUACACGGACGAUUGGCCACGCAAAAAAGGCGACUACCCUCACGAGCUCGGCGAGUAGGUGGAUGGCGCCACUGCAGCACCGUGAGACAAGGAGAGCGAGGCUCCUGCCAAACCGCAUCUGCGCCCAUUAGAAGUUAACAGCUACUGGUUCGGCUCCGCUGGGCACCAAGGCCACGUCAGUUUCGCAAACACAUGCUUCCUGCGACUCUUUCCCACUCGACUCCUCUUUCGCUAGGGGCAGCAGUUGUUUGUGGCCAGGCGGCGAUCGAUCACACCCCCCUGUGCGAUAUGUUUGCUUUUUCGUGAAAAGCUUUCGUCCUUGGGGAGUGAGUGACUAGGCAGUUCUUUUAACUUGCCUGUUUCUAAAUCCCCACGCGAGAGAAUUAAGGCUGUCCGGCGUCCACUGGUUGUUUCCGCUGCAUUGUUUUGUUUUAUCCCACCCACCGUCAUCAGGAACAAUAAUACACCGGUCUGCGUGUUUCACUUUUCUUGCAAGCCAUGUCCACGGACGUCUUGUCCACCGCGGAAGUUACUGCGGGAGACAGAGUAGAGCAAUCUAGCACAGUCAGUCCACAAACACGACUGAUCUCUGGGGCACCGAAGCCACUGGAUGUGCCCGAAACUCGAAUCGAAAUCUUCAACGAGGGACUGGACAAUAGUAACAAGGAAAACAACCAGCGUGCGCCAGCAGAUUCGCCCAAGAAAAAGGUUAUAGAGGCUCCACCGCCCAAAGUGAACCCAUGGACUAAAAAGAGCACUUCUCCGGUGAACAGUACCAUCCAUGACAACGCCCAGGAUUCAGAACAGCAAAGUUCUGCUAAAGUCAUCCGAGCAGGAAAGCCGAAAACAAAGAAGUCAAAUAAGGCAAGUGAUUUCAGUGACAUCACAAAUUGGCCCACUCCAGCUGAAAUUGCAAACAAAGAGCAGCACCAAAACAUCAUUAAUAUCCAAAGCAGAAGGAUGUCUCCCAACAGAAAAGAGAAAAGGAAAGAGAAGGGUGAGAAAGAUGACAACAGUGAGAGUAAAGAAAAUCGGGAAGCUGGACAGGACAGCCCAGAUGAAAAGGCAAACCAUGAAGAGUUUCAGUCAUCUGUCAUGAAGAGGAGAGGCGGUGACAAACGUAACUGGGUACCGCUACUCCUAGAAGAUACGAAUCAGGAUGACCAGGAGAGAACCAGCUCCAGAAAUGGCUCUCACUCUCACUCUGACUCCAAUGGGUCGCAGCACAAUAACCGAAGAAAUGAUUAUUCAAGGAGCUGGCGGAGGGACCGAGAUCGCAGAGAAGACCAGGAUGAAGUUUCAAGUGUACGGAGUGAGGGAGCCAAUACACGAGGUGGCUUUAGAGGCAGAGGCCGAGGACGUGGACGAGGGCGAGGACGUGGCAGAGGCAACUCGCACAUGCAUUAUGACUAUGUAUAUGGAUUUCGGGAGCCAUAUGUGGAUAGCUCUGACAACUCAUUUCAAACAGAAUACAGCACAAAUAUGAUGUAUUACUAUGAUGAUGGUACCGGAGUACAGAUGUACAGUGUGGAUGAGCGGCUACUGAAGGAAUACAUAAAACGGCAGAUUGAAUACUACUUCAGUCCAGAAAAUUUGGAAAGAGACUUUUUCUUGAGAAGAAAGAUGGACAAUAAAGGAUUUCUGCCAAUCUCCCUGAUUGCUAGUUUCCACAGGGUGCAAGCUCUCACAACGGAUGUUAAUCUAAUCUUUGAGGCUCUAAAAGACAGCACAGAAGUAGAGCUUAUAGACCAAAAGAUCAGGAGAAAAGUGGAGCCUGAACGAUGGCCUAUCCCUGGACUACCUACUAGUGAUAUACCACGGACGGAUUUUUCUCGACUGAUUAACUGUCCGGAGUUCAUACCAGGAAAAACGUUUUCCACAAAGGCAGCUGAGUCUGCGCCAAGCUCUCCAACAACUGGCUCCACAGUUAACGCAAAGAAGACAGUGGAAACCAGCAACCUCCAGACAAUGUCCAAAGGCCUGUCCACAAGCCUUCCAGAUCUGGAGUCCGAGCCCUGGAUUGAGGUGAAAAAGAGGCACCGUCCUUCACCUGCCAAACCAAAGGUAAGCUCAGAACCCAAAGCAGAACCAGAACUUAUACCAAAGCAAAUGCCUACUGCAGAGCAGGAACCAGAACAAGAGGAACUAGACUUCAUGUUUGAUGAGGAAAUGGAGCAGAUAGCGGGACGGAAGAAUACCUUCACUGACUGGUCAGACGAUGACUCUGAUUAUGAAAUUGAUGAUCAUGAUGUGAACAAAAUUCUAAUUGUUACCCAGACUCCACCACACCUGCGAAAGCAUCCAAGUGGUGACCGUACAGGUUAUCAUGUUUCACGAGCAAAAAUUACAGCAGACCUGGCCAAAGCAAUCAAUGAUGGGUUAUACUAUUAUGAACAGGAUCUCUGGACGGAAGAAAGUGAGACAGAAUAUGCAACAAUAAAGCAGCAAGAGGUGGAAAAUUUUAAAAAGCUCAGUUUAAUAAGUAAAGAACAGUUUGAUAAUCUUGCUCCUGAGCCACCAAUUGAUCCCAAUCAGGAAGUCCCACCUGGACCCCCAAAAACCCAACAGGGCUUAGCAGAUGAAUUGGCAAAUAAACUCUUUGGAGCUCCUGAGCCUCCUGUUUCAAACAUUGCUCGUUCUUUGCCUACAACAGUACCAGACUCGCCAGUUUUGCAUCCAGCCAGGACUCCAAAAACGCCAAGAACACCACGACUACAAGAUCCUAACAAAACACCUAGAUUUUACCCUGUUGUGAAAGAAGGAGGGAAUAUUGAUGGGAAGACACCAAGAAAGAGAAAAACAAGGCACAGUUCAAAUCCACCUCUCGAGUGUCAUGUUGGCUGGGUCAUGGACUCUAAAGAGCACCGGCCUCGAACAUCUUCUGUCAGUAGCUCCAAUGCCUCACCUUCAGAAGGUGCUCCUCUUGUUGGAAGUUAUGGAUGUACACCUCACUCCUUGCCAAAGUUCCAGCAUCCUUCGCAUGAACUACUUCAGGAGAAUGGCUUCACUCAGCAAGUUUACCACAAGUACCGAAGAAGAUGCCUAAAUGAGAGGAAACGGUUGGGAAUCGGUCAGUCUCAAGAAAUGAACACCUUGUUCAGGUUUUGGUCUUUCUUUCUUCGUGAUCAUUUUAACCGAAAAAUGUAUGAGGAGUUUAAACAGAUUGCUUUGGAAGAUGCAAAAGAAAAUUAUAGGUAUGGUCUGGAAUGUCUGUUCCGUUUUUACAGUUACGGCUUAGAAAAGAAGUUCCGACCAGACAUCUUCAAGGAUUUUCAGGAGGAAACCCUUCGGGAUUAUUCAAUUGGGCAAUUGUAUGGACUGGAGAAAUUCUGGGCUUUUCUGAAGUACUCCAAAACCAAAAACCACACAGUUGACCCCAAGCUGCAAGAGCAACUUAUUAAAUUCAAGCGCCUGGAAGACUUCAGAGUGGAUCCCCCAAUCGGAGAAGAGACAAGCAGAAGACGACACAACUCUUAUAGCGAAGAUGGUGGUCGCAAGAGACCAAUGUCUAACUCCUCAAGGCCUCAGAGCUCUGCUAAGAAGACUUCAGCAGCUUCCCAGAAUCCAUCCUCCAAGGCUGCCUCGAAAGACAACGCAGCAACAGGGAACUCCACAGUCAAGAAAAAACAGGACCCAGAGGCCGCCAUAGCCAAAGGCCCCGAGACCAGUGGGAAAUAAAGUGCUUGAGGCUCCAUGGGGUCUGCUGCACUGACAAUUCAGCUUUUUUGAGCUCAAGGAGCUUAUGAAUGUGCAGAACAGUAAUUUAUCCAAACGUAUCCAUACAGAUGACAAUAUCUUGGUUAACACCACCUUGCAGGAAACAUCUGAAGGAUCUCCUCCACCACGCCUCAUCCAAAAGCAAUGCUCCACCUUCUGUCCCUUCACCUCACCACAGUCGGUUCAGCCUGCCUUCACGUUCUCAGGUUUUGAUGUGGAUGGUGGAGGUGGUAAUUAAAAAAAAUUAUGGGUCAGGAAAUUUUAAGUUUCAGCUUGAGCAAAACGUUUACAAAAAAAAAAACAAAAAAAAAAGCAUUCCUGUGUUGUAUGCAAACACAAAAUUAGGUAUGCCUUACAUUUCAAUCUUAAUUUCAGAAAUGAUUACAAAAAAAAGAAUAAGGUGCCGCAUUUAUAGCAGAUGCUAGCGAUGAUGUUCAUUCACACAGUCGUGACAAUAUCAGGAUUUGGGGACAAAAUGGACUUGACAGUGGCUACCAAUGUCUACCUGCAAAAUGCCUUUGGUGCUACUAUGUGCUCCUUUUACUUUAGAGAGGUAAAACUAGCAGUGAGAACUUCUGAAUGGUUAUCUCAAUUUGCUGACUGGUAGGCUGAACUCCCCCCAAACUGUGUGAAUGUUUAAUUAUGUUGUUGCUUUUAUCAUUGUGAAGGCCACAAGCAUGGACAAUACAUUUAAGGAAGUCCGUUGGCAAAUCUGAUUAUGUUCAGUGGGCACUGGCACACUAUUUACAUCACACACAUGAUGUGACAAAUGAAAAACACUAGGCCUUCAGUGCUGUCUCGAAGCGAGAGCUUCAGUUUCUUUGCUUUGCACCGAAUACUCAGCGACUCCCAAAGUUUAGCAAGUGGGAAAUUGGCAGAGAAGUUGAAAUUGCAUGGCAGUCUUUAGAUAAAACUCUCGCAUUUUGGCUAAAUUAAUGCUGUGUGAGAAACUCCCCAGAAUAUUAGUAAUAACAAAGUGAUCACUGCAAUGACUCCCUCAUGAUUACCGUUGAUCAUUGAAGUCUGAAUGUGCAGUAACAACCUUAUGAAACAGCAAGCAGUGAACCAUGGAAGUGGUCUAAAAAACACGUUGUCUGUCUGUGUCUCUGUUGUGUUGUAGCCAACAAGCCUCACGGGCCGUGACACGAUUCCCAAACGGAGGAGUGUGAAGGUUAACGGUGCUGUCGAGGAGGAGGCCAUGGGGCGGCACCACCAGUCUUACUAUGCAGGGCCUUCUACCAUCGAGUCCCAUUUACACACGAGCUGGCUGCUUUGUGAAUGAUUUUUCAAACUUGCAUCUCUCUACUUUUAGAUACAUGGGGAGCCUGCCGAUUUAUUAUUUUAAAGAGGUUUUAUUAUUGUUUAAAAAAAUUAUUUUGUGGGGAUAUUACUAAAACAAAAAAAAAAAAGCUUCUAUUUUUCUGCUAAAAUCAUUACUUUUUUUGGUUUGUUUGGUAUUGUUUUUCUCUAAAUUAAUAUUCACUGGAAAUCGUGUGGAUGUAAUUUUUUUCAGGCAUUUUGCUGCUUUAGACAGACAGGAGCGAUGUUGAUGGUACCUAAUAUUUGUAUUUAUAUUAGUAAAGCUGAGAUUUUUUUUUAUUCAGCAAUUUGAAUAGAUGCUUGGGAAGUGCCGCUUGCCCGUCUGCCAAGUGAUUCGCAGCCCUUUAUUCAUCUGAUGCUUCUCGCUGGCAAAGGCGCUUUUGUACAAUAUUUGGAUUUGGAGAUUGUAUAUACCAAUAAUCAGUAUUUGCUUAUUACUUUAUCCUCUUAUGAAAAUUGUACACAUUUAGGUUGUGAGUGGUUGUUUGUGGUAAUUUUUUUCUCAAUUUUAUAAAAAUGCUUACAAAAAAAAUUUAAAAAGCCA